ACAACAUCAAUGAAUCGCAACUGGAAAAAGUACAAAACUGGUUUCCAAGAUGGAAAUAGCUUCUGGUUGGGAAACGACAACAUAUUUGACAUAUUUCAAAACCAAACAACACCAAUGAUGAUGAUGAUUGAGGCAUGGACCAAAACGCUACGUGGGUAUAUAAAUGAGCGUUACAGAAGUGCAAUUUAUAAUGGGGUAACUAUUAAAAAUGAAGCCAACGAAUAUGAACUUUGUGCAAAUAUCAUAGAUGGGUUUGAUCCUUUGGGCCUGAGUAAAUUUGAUCCCCCUUGUGCAAGAUUCAGUACUUAUGAUGAAGAUAACGAUUAUGCUGUGAAUGCAAAUUGUGCUGAGAUGUUUGGAGGAGGGAUGUGGUACACAAACUGUACAGAUUUGAAUGUAAAUGGCCAUAAUGAAGAUGACAAUCCUUAUAUAAAGAGGAGAAAGAAGACUCAAAAUAAAGACUAUUCUUUCACCAAAGGUAUCUGGUGGUAUAACUGGAAAAGGCAAAUGAUGUUGCCACUAGGACAGGUAGAAAUAAAGGUGCGUCCGGUACAAGAGAGCUGCACAGCAGUAAGACAAGCACUGAAGAUACCACGCUAUACAAAACAUGAAGGUGUUUAUAACAUUCAACUUGACCCAAAGUUUCCUGCUGUAAAGAUGCGCUGUUAUUUUGAUGCUGAAGGAGAUUGGACAGUUAUUCAAACUCGCACUGAUGGAUCAUUAGACUUUGAUCGACCAUGGAGAGAUUAUUCCAAAGGCUUUGGAGACCUGGAAGGAGAAUUCUGGUGGGGACUGGAAAAUGUCUGGGCCAACAUGGAUGUUGCUGUAUUGAGAAUUGAGAUCUGGGACCAAA